AGAAAGGUAGUACAAAAAUAGGAGCGGAGGAAGCGCAUAUUCGAAGGCAUAGACGCCCUGAGGGCUUUUGGAAGCCCUUCCUUUGCCUUGAGAGAAACUAGUAAUCCAAAUUCCAAAUUAUAAUGGGACAGAAGAAAUUAUAAAACUGCAAAAAUUUUCUCUAAAUUCCGAAACCGCCAACAUGAACAACGACUCCUCUGCUACUAGCAACGCCAACGACAAUCGCGAUCCCGAUCGCCCUGUCCGUGUCUACGCUGAUGGGAUCUACGAUCUCUUCCACUUCGGCCACGCUCGCUCCCUCGAACAAGCCAAGAAAUCGUUUCCCAAUACGUAUUUACUGGUUGGAUGUUGCAAUGAUGAAAUCACUCACAAGUUCAAGGGCAAAACUGUUAUGAACGAAGCAGAGCGUUAUGAAUCCCUUCGCCACUGCAAGUGGGUUGAUGAAGUUAUUCCUGAUGCACCGUGGGUGAUUAAUCAAGAAUUUCUUGAUAAACACAAAAUUGACUAUGUGGCUCAUGAUUCGCUUCCCUAUGCCGAUGCCAGUGGAGCUGGGAACGACGUAUAUGAGUUUGUUAAAGCUGCGGGGAAGUUCAAGGAAACAAAACGAACUGAAGGGAUUUCUACAUCAGAUAUUAUAAUGAGAAUUGUUAAAGAUUAUAAUCUGUAUGUGAUGCGUAACUUGGACCGUGGUUAUUCAAGGAAAGAGCUUGGAGUUAGCUAUGUGAAGGAGAAGAGAUUGAGAGUGAACAUGAGACUGAAGAAACUACAAGAAAAAGUAAAGGAACACCAAGAAAAAGUGGGAGAAAAGAUUCAAACUGUUGCCAUGCAUCGCAAUGAGUGGGUGGAAAAUGCUGACCGCUGGGUUGCUGGAUUUCUUGAGAUGUUCGAAGAAGGUUGCCACAAAAUGGGCACUGCAAUCAGAGAUCGAAUCCAGGAGCGGUUGAGGGGGCAGCAAUCAGGGAAUUUCAAAUAUCUGCUGCAAAAUGGCAACGGUGAUGAAGAUGAUGAAGAUGAAGAAUAUUAUUACGACGAUGAUGAUUACGAUGAUGAUGAGGAGGAAUAUUAUGAUGAUGAAGAUUAUUAUGAUGAGAAAGAUGAGAAAAAUGAAAAAGAAAAGAAAGCUGAGAGAGAAAAGAAAUAAACUUGUGUCUCCAAGUUUGCAGGUUCUGGUUUACUAGUUAUGGGGUUCCGUAAAGUGCUUCAUGUUAGCUGUGGAAUGUGUGAUAUGUUUAUGCUAUAGCUAAAUUGAGCCAGGCUUUGAGUAGAAAGCUUUUUGUUUUGUAAUUUGAUCAUCCAUGUCUCUGUGUUAGCUAGAAUACUUGUCCUCCAGUUAUACCUGAAAAUGCUGUCCUGUUGGUGGUUUUGUUACUAAAUUUUUCUCCAUGGAGCUUCCCUGUUGUCUUAUAAGUUGGUAAGAUGCAAGGGCUUGUGCAACUUUUCAACUCACGUGUAGGAUCUGUAAGUUUUUCUAUACAUCUAGAACUGAGUUAUAUACGGAGAUGUUUUACUUUAUCGAGAGGCUAGCAUCAUUAUAUCUUU